CGAGGUGAAAAUGAAACUCAAAUCUGAUUAGAAUUUGGAAUUUCAGAGCCUGUGCUGAACCCCUUGUAAUUCUCGAGCCAUUAAGCUUCCCAACUUGUCAAGAGGUGCCCUGAAACGGGAUUCGAACCUGCAUCGUCUAUUUGCUUUACAACUGUUUGGUAACGCGCCACCGUAAAUUUGCUCUUCAGCUCGCAGCCUGCUGAUCUUUUCGGCGGACCCAUCUGUCGAGUUUUAUCAAAAUUGUGCAGCCUUCGUCUGACUAACGCAGAAAAUAUGCAGUUACUUCAAGUAAAGUCCUUUUUCAUUCUUGAGGUUACAUUGUGUGUGUUAUGGCACGUGGAGGUCGAUGGAAGACCUAGCAUACAGGUCGCAAAAGGAUGCUACCGAGACCGCAGUGGAAGUGGUAGAGCUAUGCCUGAUCUCCUGGCGUCUUACAGAAAAAACGGUUUGGAUUGGUCAAACCUAGAGGAAACAGUUAUCCAAAAAUGCCGUAAGGAAGCGGAAGAAAGGGGAUUUAAGUGUUUUGGCAUUCAGUUCUACGGUGAAUGUUGGUCUGGCCUUAACGCAUGCGACACGUACUACAAAUAUGGCCCAUCGGAUGAGUGUUUCUGCACAAGUGAUGUUUCGUUAAAUAGCACCUUUCCGAAGUACCAACCAAAUUGUCUAGGGCCCGUUGGAGGGCGCUGGGCCAACUUUGUUUACGAGUUACGUGAGCCGCUCUGACAAAGAAGUCUGUGCCAACCUGAAAGACCAGCUGUAACUGAGUGGAUUUCCUCCAGAUGCAACGUUUGCUAGGUUUUCAAAUUUGUAAAUUAAAGUGUACUUUUAAUUCCGAGUAAGAAAACACGAACAAAACAUUGAUGUAUCUGUGUGUUGUAAUGCAUUAAUAAAAGGCAGGAGCCCAUUACUCAAUAAUGGGCUCCUGUAAAAGGUCA